AAACUUUUAUUUGAAAAUGGCGACCGACGUGAGCAGUGAUGGUUCUGAGAAUAAACGAAAACUGGAAGAAGAUGAAGACGAAGACAAUUGGGUUGGUCCUAUGCCGAGUGAGGCCACACAAACCAAAAAGAAAAAAGUUCUUGAGUUUGAGAGAUUGUACCUGGAUAAUUUACCAUCUGCCUCCAUGUAUGAAAGAAGUUACAUGCACAGAGAUGUUAUAACACACAUUGUUUGCUCCAAAACUGAUUUUAUCCUCACAGCAAGUCAAGAUGGACAUGUCAAAUUCUGGAAGAAGAAAGAGGAUGAAGGAGUGGAGUUUGUCAAGCACUUCCGCAGCCACUUGGGAGUGAUUGAGUGCAUUUCCGUGAGUGCGGAGGGAGCACUUUUAUGCUCUGUUGGUGAUGAUCAAGCGAUGAAAGUUUUUGAUGUAGUCAACUUUGACAUGAUCAACAUGCUCAAACUUGGCUUCCAUCCAGGCCAGUGUGAGUGGAUUUAUAAUCCAGGAGACGCCAUUUCAACAAUCGCCUGCUCUGAGAAAUCCACUGGAAAGAUUUUUGUGUAUGAUGGACGUGGCAGUAAUCAGCCCCUGCACGUAUUCGAAAAGAUGCACACCACACCACUCUCUCAGAUCCGCCUCAAUCCCAAAUAUCGUGUCAUCGUAUCUGCCGAUAAAGCGGGAAUGCUAGAAUACUGGACGGGGCUCCCGAGCGAAUUCAAAUUUCCGCGGCAGGUGGACUGGGAGUUUAAGACCGACACAGACUUGUAUGAGUUUGCCAAAUGUGGAACGUAUCCCACCAGCCUGGCUUUCUCUCAAGAUGGCAAGAAAAUGGCCACCAUUGCCGUUGACCGCAAAGUGAGGAUUUUCCGCUUUCUCACUGGGAAGUUGAUGCGGGUGUUUGACGAAUCACUAACAAUGUUUACAGAGCUCCAGCAGAUGAGACAGCAGUUGCCUGAUAUGGAGUUUGGUCGCAGAAUGGCAGUGGAGAGAGAGCUGGAGAAGGUGGACGGCAUACGAUUGACCAACAUCAUCUUUGAUGAGACUGGACACUUUGUGCUUUACGGCACCAUGCUAGGCAUUAAAGUCAUCAACGUAGAGACUAACAGGUGUGUGCGCAUACUGGGCAAGCAGGAGAACAUCCGUGUGGUGCAGUUGAGUCUGUUUCAGGGAGUCGCAAAGGCCAUGCAAGCGGCACCAACAAUUGAGAUGAAAGCCUCUGAAAACCCAGCACUCCAGAGCUCUGACCCAGACCCCACCAUCUUCUGCACUGCCUUUAAGAAGAACCGCUUUUACAUGUUUACAAAAAGAGAGCCCGAGGACACAAAGAGUGCUGAUUCUGACCGUGAUAUUUUCAACGAGAAGCCGUCUAAAGAGGAAGUGAUGGCAGCCACACAGGCGGAAGGACCAAAAAGAGUGUCAGACAGUGCCAUCAUUCACACCACUAUGGGUGACAUUCACAUCAAACUCUUUCCUGUCGAAUGCCCCAAAACUGUGGAGAACUUCUGUGUUCACAGCAGGAACGGUUAUUACAACGGCCACAUUUUUCACCGAGUCAUCAAGGGUUUCAUGAUCCAGACUGGAGACCCCACAGGGACUGGCAUGGGUGGGGAAAGCAUCUGGGGUGGAGAGUUUGAGGAUGAGUUUCAUUCCACUCUGAGACAUGACAGACCCUACACCCUCAGCAUGGCCAAUGCAGGACCAGGAACCAACGGCUCACAGUUCUUCAUCACUGUCGUCCCAACCCCCUGGCUGGACAAUAAGCACACAGUGUUUGGAAGGACCUCUAAAGGGAUGGAGGUGGUCCAGAGGAUCUCCAACAUAAAAGUCAACCCCAAAACCGACAAACCAUAUGAAGACAUCAGCAUCAUUAAUAUCACUGUCAAAUAGACGUGCAGCCCGAUUUUUGUAAAAAUAAAGCACCUUUUAUAAAAAAAAAACAAAAAAAA